AUGGCCCUUACAUUGCCUUACAUGGCGGAUACUGAAGAAGAGCUUGCCUUGCUCGACUGGGUUAAUGCUUGCCAUCCAGAUGCGGAGGCAGAGGAGUUUGACGACCUGGCGGAUGGUUCCAUCUUAGCUGAUGUGCUGCGCCUCUAUGCACCCGAUGUCGACCCAUCAAACACUGCUGCCGGGAGCGCCAAGUUGCUGCAUGGCUGCCUCAGUGCGUACUUCGGCUCUCGACUGGCUUUGCCCAGGCUGGCCGGCAAUAUGCACAACGGGACCUUCUGCAAGCCUGGACUCCUUCGAGCAUUGUGCGAAGCGGUCAUGCUGGCUGCUGUGGAGGGCCCGCGCAAGGAGGAGGCCAUCCAAGCCAUUAUGAACUUAGAGGAGCCUCAGCAGCUGGCGCUGGGCUCUUCGCUGCAGCGGCUCAUGGCAGAUGCACCUGAAUACUCGCCUGGCGAGCACGGCUCUUUGUCCAGGCAAGGCACGGACGCGUCUUUGACGGACUCUGGGCCCCCAACGCCCAGGGCAGAUCAGUCAUUGUACAAGUCUGAAGCCGACAUUUUGCAUGAUGAGCUGCAGGACAUGAGGAAUCGCCUGAGCUCUGAAGAGAUGGCAAUAAGCGGAUUGGAGAGCAGCCAGAAGUCCUUGGAAGCGCAACUUCGCACGGUGAUGAUCGACUACACCGCGGAGGAGGAACAGGCAGCUGAGACAGACGCAUUGCUCCAGAAGUGGCAGCGCAGCCAUGGGGAGGACUUGCGUCAGUUCAAGGCAGAAUGCGACGCUUUGCGUGCAGACCUCGAUCGCGAGACAGAGCAUUGGCAGGACUUGCCGCAGCGUCAGGCGAAGUUGCGGAAGCAGCUGAAGAUGGAGGUGGAUGCUUUCCGAGACCUGCAGGAUAAGACUGGCAACCUCGAGGUCGAAAUCCGGCAGGCAGCCCAAUCCAGCGCGAACGAUGAUGUCUCCACUGUGAAAGCAGAGAUGAUGACAUCACAGAUGCAGCAGAACGUCGUGGAUCGCAUGCUCCGCAGAGCUGAGAACGAGGAGAAAGAGGAGAUUCGCCUUGCCAAAUCUCUCUGGGAGGAUUUUCACGUUGCGGAGGUCACCGCCCAGGCUAAAGAGGAUUCCUAUCGACAGCUUCGCAGAGUCGCCGAAAAGGAAGAGGAAAGUGAACUGGAUGUCGUGGGCCUCCUUGAGUUCCGAGAAAGCGAGAUGCGACAAUUGGAGCAGGCAAUGGCAGAGAUGGACUCGACAAGCUCGCCAAGCCAAAUCAGCCAACGGCCGAGUGUUUCUUGUGACGUGCCCUUCACGAGACGAUCGAGCAUGCGUGCAAGCAUCAGCGGUCCGCCGGGCGCUGGCACUGCCGAGCUCCUGCGAGGCCUGCCGGACCUCCAAGAACGUCGGAAGCUUCUCAAAGAGCUGGCAUCGACAUCGCGCGCCCAGUCCACCUGGCAGGCUGAACUGCAACAACAGCAGCAAAGAACCCGUGAGCUGGAGUAUCGCUUGCAGCAACUGUCGGACGAAGCAGCACAGCUUCAUAGUUCUGAGGCUAAGGCUUUGACGGAGCUUGGCGUACGAAAGGAGGAAGAGCAGAAGUGCGCUACUGAGUUCCGAGAACGAGAUCACCUGGUGCAGGCUGAAGUGCGGCGAGCCAACUUGGAGAAAGACCAGAUGAAUGGAGUGCGGCGAACUGGGCAGCAAGCUGCAGAGCUGCAGCGUGAGCUCGCAGCUGCACGUUCAGAGCUCCAGUCCCAGCAAGAGGCCAAAGACGAGAAAUCACAGCAGCUUUCCGAUUUGAAGGAGGAGACAGAAGCCACUGAAUCGGAAUCUGCGCAGCUCCGCCAGCAGCGCGAGGAACAAGCGCAGGUCCUCGCACAAAGAGCGCAGUCGAGUGCUGUGAAGAUGCAAAGCGAGGCUGUGGCCGAGGAGCUUCAGCAAGCUCAGCGGUGCCUUCACGCAUUGCAGCAAGACCUUGGGGGCGAGGAAGCAGAGUCCACAAGAUUGCAGACAUUGCAGCAGAACCUCUCAGAGGAGCAGCAGCACAUCGAGGAGCAAGCACAGCGUGUCAAAGCACAGCAGCAGCAGCUGGAGCUUCAGAAAGCUGCGCUGCAAACAAGGCGCGAGGUCUUGGCAGACUUGAAGCGGGAGGCUGAAAAGCAAGAAGAGCUGUCGGUGAUCGACGCGGAGCCCACAAGAUCCUUGCCCACCUUGCAGAAGACUGUGGCUCCAAUGCAGGCGCUGACACCGGAGCAGGCCGGCACUGCUGCAGCAGCAGCUGCGCGACUCGAAAGCAAGGCCGUGGAGGACCAGAGUGCCGCCGCCGCUGAGGCCGCCGCCGCUGCUGCAGAGGCCCAGGGCGCUUCACCCGAACAGCGCGCAGCUGCAGCUGCUGGGGCUGCCGGUGCAGCGGCAGCCGCGGCUGCCCGGGCUGAAAAGAAGCCUCGAGCGGAUCAGGUUGCUGCCGCUGCGGCUGCAGCUUCAAAGGCUGCGGAAGCGGCCGGGGCAACCAAGGCGCAGCACGCAGCUGCUGCAUCCGCUGCAGCUGGAGCGGCCGCUGCAGCGGCUGAACGUGCGGCAGGAAAGAGCAGCGAUCAACAGGCAACUGCUGCAGCGCGGGCCGCAGUGGAAACGGCAAGCAAGCGUGGCGCGACAGAGGACGAAAAGCAGGACGCGGCAGCAGGUGCGGCGGGAAGCGCUGCGUUGCUUGCUGCGAAGAUGACGGGCAAGUCGAAGAAAGAGCAACUGGCUGCUGCAGCCAGAGCCGCGGCGGCCGCCGCCGCCCAAGAAGGCGCACUUCCUGGCAACUGUUCCGAAGCUGCCCAGGCCGCUGCACUCCGUGCCGCUGCAAAGCUCGGCGUUCCGGAGGAUCAGGCUCAGGACAUCGCGUGCAACGUGGCCAAUGUGGCCAAUAUGGCCAACACAGUCACGCCAAAGCAGGAGGAGAAUGCCCUCCAGUUGCCUGCAAACCCAAAAGGUGGCAAGGCAGCCUUGAAAAAAUUGCGGCUUGAAUUGGCUGCACAGGAAGGAAAGAUGAGGCAGACAGAAGCUGCGUCAGCUGAGCGCCGAGAAGCCAUGCGCCGGGAGACGCAGCUUUUGGCUGACAGUCUUCGGGAAGUCGGGCUUCGCUGCCACAUGCUGCUGGGGAAGCACAAGAUGCUUCUUGACGACAGGAAGCGGCUGGAGUCAGAGGCAUAA